AUGGAUCCCAAGUCAAAACAUUUGCGAUGGUCACGAAUCCUAGGCCUUUAUCGAGUUUUUCACAACCUUAUAGUUAUCAUUUUAACGACAAGAUUCGUGUUUGAUUUUUGGGUAACUCAUGGAGUUGAAAUAGAGAGUUCAACAUUAUUAACGAUAAACUUUCUGAUCUAUUUCACCGUGGUUUACCUUUCCGUGUUAAGUUGCAUAGAUUGUGCAUAUCACUGCCAAAACCGUAUCUUUCGAGUUCGUCGGAAGCUUUUAAAUUUAAAGAAAUAUUGCAAAAAACGUAACUACAUAGUGCCUCCGGAAAAAGAGCAAUUCCUGGAUGGUAUACUCCUCUUGGUGGCCAUGCUGCUUAUCUUGCGGAUCAGCAUUCAUGUGGCUCUUAAUGUCCUCCAAUACAGAAUGGGAUUCCAACAUUCUUGCAACUGUUUCGUGUGGGAGAAUAUGAUUUUUGCCAUGAACACCCUAGCGUUUGGAAUCUUGAUGGAGAUAUGUGAGUGUUGGUGGCGAUUGCAGUCUGGAUUGGAGAGGUUGCUCUUAAAUCCGACACCAAAACCUGCAGGCAAGCAACUACGACAGAUUCGGGAGCUCCAAAGAAUGUUUCAGAAGCUCAUUGAUCUAACCAUUGAAGUUACUUGUAUCUUCAGGCUUAUUUUUCUCUGGUAUAUGGCUCGCAACCUUUGGAGUGGCAUUGUGUUGGGUUACAUAAUUGUUAGGAUGUUUCUGGUCUCUGAAGGCAUUGAGUAUAUGUACGUUGUCCUGGCCUUUGUUAUCUGCAUUCAACCACUGCUGUACUCCAUCCUGAUGAAUUAUAUAUUCUGCUCUACGGAUUUCUUGCUUGAGGCUGUUAAGGAUAUUUUAAGGCAACCCUUCAAGCUCAGUGCUUCUGCGGAGAGAAAGGUUGAAUGGUUUUCGUUACAACUUGCCAGGCAGCACACCUUUAUUAUUGUCUUUGGAACAUUUCGGAUAAAUAGAGCUUGUGUCUUCAAAAGUGCAGCAUGUAUCCUUGUCCACGUCCUUUAUAUGGUUCAAGCCGACUAUUUAAUGCUUUUUGAAUAA